GCUGUUCGGAACCCUCGGAAUCAGCGGUAUAUAUAGCGUGAAGCAGACCAGGCAACGUGCCACUGGCAUAUGUAAUUGCUUAUCACACCGAACUGUCCGAAAUCGUUAUGUUCUCGGCGCUCUUCCAGUGACAGCGACAUCAACAUCCCUUUGGCCCCCCCCCGCGAACCGUUGGCUUUACGUAAGCCAAUUCAAUUGUUGUUCGUCGUUUAAAAUACGUUUUAGCUGAGAGAGCACAUUAAUCAAAAUAUACGUAAUGCGGCUACUGGCGAGACACGCGAUUCGGCUAUUGGGCCAGGAGAACGGACGCGGUGGAGCAGCAACAGCAAUCCGGCUAAAGGCCACAACCGGUUCUUUAAAGCUGGCCACAGCAAGUGCUCCAGCACUGGAGCAGCCGGCGGAGAAACAGGUGCAGAGAAAGUACUCGCCGCUUACGGAUACGUUUGGCAGACACCACACCUACCUGAGGAUCUCUCUCACCGAGCGCUGUAACCUGCGAUGUGACUACUGCAUGCCCGCCGAGGGCGUUCCCCUGCAACCCAAGCAGAAUCUGCUGACCACCGAGGAAAUCCUUCGCCUGGCCCGCAUAUUCGUGGAGCAGGGAGUCCGCAAGAUCCGCUUGACGGGCGGAGAGCCCACAGUCAGGCGGGAUAUAGUUGAAAUAGUGGCCCAGAUGAAGGCUCUGCCGCAGCUGGAGCAGGUUGGCAUAACUACCAAUGGACUGGUACUCACCCGCCUGCUUCCAUCGCUCCAGAGAGCAGGACUAGAUUCGCUCAACAUCAGCCUGGAUACGCUGAAGAGGGAUCGCUUUGAGAAGAUAACACGGAGGAAGGGAUGGGAGCGGGUCAUAGCUGGCAUAGAUCUGGCUGUCCAACUGGGCUACACUCCCAAGGUCAACUGUGUCCUGAUGCGGGACUUCAAUGAGGAUGAAAUCUGUGAUUUUGUAGAGUUCACCAAGGAUCGUCCGGUGGAUGUGCGCUUCAUUGAAUACAUGCCCUUCUCCGGCAACAAAUGGCACACAGAGAGACUGAUAUCCUACAAAGAUACCCUCCAGGCCAUUCGGGAAAGGUGGCCGGACUUUCAGGCUCUGCCCAAUGGUCCCAACGACACUUCCAAGGCCUACGCAGUGCCCGGAUUCAAGGGUCAGGUGGGCUUCAUCACCUCGAUGACGGAACACUUUUGUGGAACCUGCAACAGACUUCGGCUCACCGCCGAUGGGAACAUUAAGGUGUGCCUGUUUGGAAACAAAGAGUUCUCCUUGAGGGAUGCCAUGCGCAGGGAAGACAUAACCGAAGAGCAGCUGGUGGACUUCAUUGGAGCGGCAGUGCAGCGCAAGAAGCGACAGCAUGCAGGUGCUGCUCCACUGAUCCAUCAUCAUCAUCGCCACCACUAUCUCUAUCAUCUCUAUCAUGCUUACCAGCCUUCAAGGCAGCAGCUCCAGAUCAGAAACUGCAGCAGCCAUCUCACCCAUGUCAAUGCCCAGGGCAAGGCCCAAAUGGUGGAUGUGGGUGCCAAACCUUCGACCACAAGAUUAGCUCGAGCCGAGGCCACUGUCCAGGUGGGCGAACGGCUCACCCAGCUCAUAGCGGCCAACGAGCUGGCCAAAGGAGAUGUUCUGACGGUGGCCCAGCUGGCUGGCAUCAUGGGAGCCAAACGCACAUCGGAACUCAUUCCCCUGUGCCACAAUAUCAGCCUGUCCUCUGUCAAAGUGCAGGCCACACUUCUGAAGAGCGAACAAUGCGUCCGUUUGGAGGCAUCGGUUCGCUGCUCCGGCCAAACUGGCGUGGAGAUGGAGGCCCUGACCGCAGUCUCUGUGGCUGCCUUAACCGUGUACGACAUGUGCAAGGCCGUUUCCCAUGACAUCUGCAUCACCAACAUCCGGCUGCUGAGCAAAACUGGAGGGAAAAGGGACUUCCAACGGGAUGAGGCAGCUAAGGGAAUACAAGCUCCCAUUGAAGGAGAUCUCCAAUAAAUCACAAGACGCCCUUUCAUUUCGUUACAGAA